AUGUCAUCACGAAGUAGAGACCGCCGCAACGAUCCUCCCAAUGUUCGGCUAUCAAAAGUGCUAUCUUACAUUCUCCGUCACAGCGCUCAAAGAGAUGGCCUUGAAAUUCGUGAAGAUGGAUAU